GGCAGCCAGGCGGCGGGCUUGACGGUGUGUGAGGAGGACGUAGAGCCGCCAUAGAGCUCAGAGCGCUGUAGCGGGGAGGAAUGCUCCGGCUCUUGGUGGGGGGAUGAGUCAGGCUGGAGGUGAAUGAGACGGUGUACAUCCCCUGGAGGGGGAACUCAUUGAGUGACACACACACAGGAGGAGAGAGUGCUGCUUCCACUCACUGACAUGAUGCCGGAUCAAAUCUCGGUGUCAGAGUUUAUUUCCGAGACUACAGAGGAUUACAAUUCCCCGACCACGUCCAGCUUCACCACCAGACUGCAGAGCUGCAGGAACUCCAUUAACGUGCUGGAAGAGGCCUUAGAUCAAGACAGAGCUGGGUUACAGAAAGUGAAAAAGUCUGUAAAAGCCAUUUACAAUUCAGGCCAAGAUCAUGUGCAGAACGAGGAGAACUAUGCCCAGGCUUUAGAUAAAUUUGGAAGCAAUUUUUUAAGCCGUGACAAUGCAGAUUUGGGCACGGCGUUCGUAAAGUUCUCCACGCUCACUAAGGAGCUAUCAACACUGCUCAAGAACCUGCUCCAGGGUCUGAGUCACAAUGUCAUCUUUACUCUGGACUCCCUUUUGAAAGGAGACCUCAAGGGAGUGAAAGGGGAUCUCAAGAAGCCUUUUGACAAGGCCUGGAAAGAUUAUGAAACCAAAUUUACUAAAAUCGAGAAGGAGAAGCGGGAGCAUGCAAAGCAGCAUGGGAUGAUCCGUACGGAGAUAACGGGGGCGGAGAUAGCAGAGGAGAUGGAGAAGGAGAGAAGGCUGUUCCAGUUACAGAUGUGUGAGUAUCUUAUUAAAGUUAAUGAAAUCAAGACAAAGAAGGGUGUGGACCUGCUCCAGAAUCUUAUCAAGUAUUACCACGCACAGUGCAAUUUCUUUCAGGACGGCUUGAAAACUGCGGAUAAAAUGAAGCAGUAUAUCGAAAAAUUGGCUGCAGACUUGUAUAACAUAAAACAAACACAAGAUGAAGAGAAGAAGCAGCUCACUGCCCUGCGGGACCUCAUCAAGUCUUCUCUUCAGUUGGAUCAGAAAGAGUCUAGGAGAGAUUCUCAGAGCAAGCAAGGAGGGUACAGCAUGCACCAGCUGCAGGGUAACAAGGAGUAUGGCAGUGAGAAAAAAGGAUAUCUGCUGAAGAAGAGUGAUGGAUUAAGAAAAGUUUGGCAGCGAAGAAAGUGUACAGUAAAGAACGGAAUCCUGACCAUAUCGCACGCCACUUCUAAUCGGCCCCCUACAAAGCUGAACCUGCUUACCUGCCAAGUGAAACCCAACGCUGAUGAAAAGAAGUGCUUCGACCUGAUAUCACAUAACAGAACAUACCACUUCCAGGCAGAAGAUGAGCAGGAUUAUAUAGCUUGGAUUUCAGUGUUAACAAACAGCAAAGAAGAAGCACUUAACAUGGCAUUCCGCGGAGAUCAGAGCUCUGGAGAGAGCAGUUUAGAGGACUUGACGAAAGCCAUCAUUGAAGAUGUACAGAAAACGCCAGGAAACUAUGCGUGCUGUGAUUGCGGGUCACCAGAUCCAACAUGGCUGUCCAUUAACUUGGGGAUUUUAACUUGUAUAGAAUGUUCCGGCAUUCAUAGGGAAAUGGGUGUCCACAUCUCUAGAAUCCAGUCUCUGGAAUUAGACAAAUUAGGCACUUCUGAACUCUUGCUGGCCAAGAAUGUAGGAAACAAUAACUUCAAUGAUAUAAUGGAAGGGAAUUUACCCACUCCGUCACCAAAACCUACUCCUUCCAGUGAUAUGACUGCACGUAAAGAAUACAUCACAGCCAAGUAUGUGGAACACAAAUAUUGCCGGAAGAUAUAUGCUUCAGGGGCAGAGAAACAGAGCGAGCUGCUGGAGGCUGUGAAGUCGAGGGAUUUACUUGCACUAAUUCAAGUCUAUGCAGAAGGAGUAGAGAUCAUGGAACCACUGGUAGAAUCUGGACAGGAGCCAGGUGAAACCGUUCUCCAUUUUGCAGUGCGCACUGCUGACCACACCUCCCUGCCCUUAGUUGACUUCUUAGUACAAAACUGUGGAAACUUAGAUAAGCCGAACAGUAAAGGCAACACGGCGCUACACUACUGCUGUAUUUAUAAUAAGCCUGAAUGUUUGAAACUGCUUCUGAGGGGAAAACCAACUAUUGACCUGGUAAACCAGCUGGGGGAGACCGCUUUCGACACUGCGAAGAGAUUCAAAGCAGCCCAGUGUGAGGAACUGCUUUCCCAAGCCAUGACUGGUAAGCUGAACCCACACAUCCACGUAGAGUAUGACUGGAACCUGCGUCCGGAAGAAAUAGAUGAGAGUGAUGAUGAUUUAGACGACAAGCCUAGUCCAAUCAAGAAGGAGCGUUCGCCAAGGCCGCAAAGCUUUUGCCAUUCCUCCAGUAUUUCCCCCCAGGAUAAGUUGUCGUUGCCUGGCUUUAGUACUCCACGGGAUAAGCAGAGACUGUCUUAUGGAGCUUUCACUAGCCAGAUCUUCAUGUCCACCAGCACAGACUCGCCAACGUCUCCCAUAAUCGACGCACCACCACUCCCGCCUAGGAACACAGGAAAAGUUACAUCUGGUCCUACUUCAACCCUCCCUUUAAGCACCCAAACCCCUAGUGGCAGCUCCACCUUAUCCAAGAAGAAAGCUCCUCCCCCACCCCCUGGACACAAACGAACUCUCUCCGAUCCACCCAGCCCUCUACCUCAUAGUAAGGGCUCGGUCCUCUGGGGUAAUGACACAGGCUUUACCCCAGCGGAUAAACCCAUCAACAAGUUCGAAAGGCUUUCCCACUCUGCCAGCACGGGAACAACAAAGACGGCACUAGGGCCCAGAGUUCUGCCAAAACUACCUCAAAAAGUGGCACUUAGAAAGAUUGAUACCACUCAUCAUCUGUCGAUGGACAAAUACAACCAGCAGCCAGACAUCUUCCAGAAAUCUCCACAGCCAGUAGACCUGCCUCAGAAGCCGCAGCUCGCCGAUCUUCCUCCGAAACCACAGCCCUUGGAAUUCACACAGAAGCCACACAUCGGAGACCUACCACCAAAGCCAGGAGAAUUGCCUCCUAAGCCUCAACUGGGAGACCUGCCACCAAAACCACAGCUGGGAGAUCUGCCUCCGAAACCACAGCUCAAAGAUCUUCCACCCAAACCCAUCCUGGGAGACCUGCCGCCCAAGGCACCUAUAGUAGAGGUGACUCCUAAGCCUCAUACACCAGAGACGAACCAAAAUUCUCAGCCACCGGAGGUGGUUCAAAACUCCCAGCCGGCAGAUCAUGCGCCUGUGCAGAAGCAGGCUUCAGAAACUUCCAGCGACGGUCCGCCACCUCUUCCAGAAACGCCAGUGCCACUUCCUCGCAAAAUCAAUACGGGGAAACUCAAGCUGAAAAGGGUGAAGACGAUAUAUGAUUGCCAAGCAGACAAUGAUGACGAGUUGACGUUUGCAGAGGGAGAGGUGAUCAUAGUGACAGGUGAAGAGGACCAGGAGUGGUGGAUCGGCCACAUUGAAGGACACCCGGAUAGGAAAGGAGUCUUCCCAGUGUCUUUUGUACACAUCUUGUCUGAAUAGAACUUGUGAUGUCACAGAUCUACCAUUGCCCAAGCCCAGGCUUGUAGCCAGCUUGCUGCUCUAUGUCUGCUUCCCUGUACUGUAUAUAAGCUACCAUCACCACUUCAUCCAGUACCUUCCAUUCUGUGUAUUGUAAAUGUGCUAUCUUACUCCAAGUUUCGUCAGUAUUACAGUAGCCGAACAAGCCCGCUCCCUCGGGCACUAUUGAACCAUUUCCUUAGCCUUCAGCAACUUUCACACCUUAUUGUCAGACUGUGCCGUUCCAGCCCCUCGUGUCCAAACUAUUUCUGCCCCCCACCCCUGUCCCUUGUUGGGUUUUAGUUACAGUUACCACACCAAGGGCAAAGGGAAAAACAAUAAAACGGGCAACCCGCACCAACCUGUCACUUCACCCUCCGCAAGCACUCGAGCUGUGUUAUUUAUUGCAGAAAAUAACAUCAGCAUAGUUCUCUCGACUUCUCAAGUAUUGACCGUGUUGCUAUGCUCUGUACUCAUUCGUUUGGAACAUUCGCCAACAUCCUUAUUGUCACUUUGCUACAAGUAGUUUAAAGGAGAGAAAAAAAAGAUAUAUUUCUAUCUAAAAGCUUCUUUUAUUAGAAGUAUAUACAUAUAUAUAUAAAUACUAUACAUAUAUUAGAAAUAACGACAAAUCCGGUUGACUUCAUCGGACUUUAAUGACUGCUAAACAAUAUUAGUCUGUUUACAUUAUGCAUGAUUUCUAAAACCAACAAACAGCAACAACAACAAACAAACAAAAAAAGAAUUCUGGAAUACUUGAAACAGGAAUAUAACUGUAAGUCCUAAUACUUUGUUCUGUAGCUGAA